UUAAAAAUGAAAUGAAUUUGAAAUCAUAUGGUAGUUAGGGUUGCGGUGGAGGAUGGCGGGAAAGAGGAAGAGGAAGAGCGGCGGCGAGCGGCGGGGGAUCCACCACCGAAAUAGGUACGCCGAUAAUCCGCCGGAUUUCGCGCAGCUGGCGUCUUUAUACCCGAGUUUUGAGCCAUAUGUCUUCUACUCACGCGACGGCUGCCCUAGAAUUGAUUGGACGGAUUUCAAUGCUACCCGCGAGUUGACUCGGGUGUUGCUGCUUCACGAUCACGGCGUUAAUUGGUGGAUUCCUGAUGGGCAGCUCUGUCCUACCGUGCCCAACAGAUUGAAUUACAUCCACUGGAUAGAAGACCUUCUCGCCUUGGAUAUCCUUCCUGCCACCAGAGCUGAAGGCGAUAUCACAACAGGUUUUGAUAUUGGUACCGGGGCAAAUUGUAUUUAUCCACUUCUUGGUGCAUCUGUUCUUGGUUGGAAGUUUGUUGGUUCAGAUAUUACUGAUAUAGCUAUAGAGUGGGCAAAUAAAAAUGUUGAGAGCAAUCCUCAUUUAUCCAACUUGAUUGAGAUCAGAAGGGCUGGUACAGGGAAUGGUGUGGGAAAAUCAGAAAGUAAUCCGAUUUUAAGCAGUGAAGGUGGUGUUCUGUUGAGCAAUCCAGGGGCUGAAAAUGUUGGGUUUCUGGCAUCUUCGGUUCUUGAAACUGAGUUGAAUGCAAAGAAGUAUUAUGAUGGGCCACCUGUACUUCUAGGCAGUGUAAAGGAUGGUGAGCAUUUUGACUUUUGCAUGUGCAAUCCCCCAUUCUUUGAGACGAUGGAGGAAGCAGGUUUGAAUCCAAAGACUUCUUGUGGAGGCACUCCAGCGGAAAUGGUCUGUUCUGGCGGUGAACAUGCUUUUAUUAAACGCAUCAUUGAAGAUAGUGUUACAUUGAAGGACAGAUUUAGAUGGUACUCUUCUAUGGUAGGAAGAAAACUGAACCUCAAUAUUCUGGUAUCUGAGCUCUGGAAAGUUGGAGCUACCGUGGUGAAGACAACAGAAUUUGUCCAGGGCAGGACAUCAAGGUGGGGUCUCGCAUGGUCCUUUUUGCCAGUUUCAAGAAAGAUAUCAUCUUCUCAGAAAGUCGAAGAGAAUAAUCUAUCUUUCAUGCUGGAGGGCCUUCAACGUCAACAUGGUGCCUUUCACGUGUUACAGUCUGUGGAAUCAUAUCUCUCCAGUAAUGGUGCAUCCAGUAAACUAGAUGCUGCUGCUUUUAAUGUUGAUAUUACAAUUUCAAGGAAUCAAAUUAAUGCAAUUCUCAAACCUGAGACAUGUAACCUAUCCAAUUCUUCAAACAAUAACCAUGGCGAAGUGGAUAGCCUGGUGUUUCGCAUUACAGUCUUUCAGCAACAUCCGGGAGCGCUCUUGGUGAGAGGAAAAUUGCUCGAAAGAUCAACUUCCAUUUCAGCUAUGUUUUCUUUAAUUUUUCGUCGUCUCAAAGAAGUUCUGACCACUAAGUUCUGUCCUGGAAGAGCAUUGGUGAAUCAGCCCAUCCCUAUAACCCAAGCACGAGAGUGAAAACUGGGUGAACCACGAUCUUCACACAAGUGACAUUUGUCGAAAAUGCUCAGAUUGUGAGUCUCCUCAACCCACAAUUAUGCAACUAGUUGUGAUGCUGUGAAACAGAAAUGGUCAAGACAGUUGAACAUACAGUACUUCAUGGAUCAUGAAAUCGGGUGAAACACGACAACGGAAUAAAGGUGUGAUUUCUGAAAUCUGAUAAGCAUGGUUUGAUGUAUGAGUAUGAAUUACUGGUCCUCUCUAAACCAGGCAGAAAAACUCAUUUGAUUUUCGUUUAGUUUUACUUAUAGUACUUAUGUAAUGUUACAAGUUCACUCUAUUAAAAUAUAGUGCCCAAAUAUUUUUUCCA